GUCCCUUGACCAGUGACGAUAUGGAGAACCUUUAUAAAGACUCAAACAUCACAGGCCUUUUGUUUUACACCCCGAUUGUCCGACUUGACUUCCUUGCUAAGAGGAUUACUCCGUGGUUCGUUUGGGUUCAUGAUGAAGCUCCGCCUUUCAACUGCAUAUAUUACUGCUGCUGUGCUGCUCAGCGUCUCGGCGCAAUGUCCGGAUUAUGCUGAUUAUGCAAAGACCCCUCAAGGGAAUCCCUCUAACGGAGCCCUUGGCCUCCCAUUCAUGCGACCCGAACCCGCUUGCCGCACCUUCAACAGUACCGCUGUGGAGAAAGUAAUCAAAGACAUGAAAGCACGUCUCAAGGACCCAGAUAUUGCUCGACUAUUCGAAAAUACCUUCCCUAACACUCUCGAUACAACGGUAAGAUACUUCAAAGAGGCGGAAAAUCUCGCAUUCAUUAUAACGGGUGAUAUCACGGCGCAAUGGCUUCGGGACACGGCAAAUCAGUUUGCCCACUAUCACAGCUUACUUGGCGUUGAUUCCGAACUCGCCACUUUGGUCAAAGCUGUAAUCAACAACGAAGCUCGAUACGUUGCUGAGUAUCCGUACUGCGGGGCAUUCCAACCUCCUCCCGAAAGCGGUUUGUCUCCCUCCCACAACGACUGGGCGGAUAACGUGCUCGUGAAUCCACCUGUGGACAACCAAACCGUGUUCGAGUGCAAGUAUGAGCUUGAUUCCCUCUGUGGAUUCCUCAAGUUGUCGAGAUCGUAUUACAACGCAACAAAUGAUGCAUCAUUCAUGAAUGAUAACUGGUUCACUGCCAUUGAGCAAAUCUUUCGAGUGAUCCGCGAGCAAUCCCAAGGCACGUUCGACGACAACUUCAACUUCAUCUCUUUCUACAAUUGGACUGGUACGGCUGGUGCUCUAUCUCCAAUGGUGAACAAUCGUGGAAACGGUGAACCCAAAGCUUACACCGGUAUGGUUGGAACUCACCAUAGACCCUCUGACGACCUUAGCACAUUCGCUUACCUUACCCCGGCUAAUGCGAUGUUGAGCGUGGAACUCACCCAUCUAGCCGGAAUGCUAGAUGCGACCGGACAAGCUCAGAAUAUCAGUCAAUCAGCAAAGGAGUGGAGCACAAGGAUACAUAAUGCUAUCUGGAAUACAACUGUCCGUGAAGACGUAUUUGCCUACGAAACGAAUGGUUUUGGAGGGCGUUAUGUUAUGGACGACGCAAAUGUUCCUUCCCUUCUAUCCCUGCCGUAUCUUGGAUUUCUUGACAAGAGCGACCCCACCUAUAUCGCGACAAAAAAUGUCCUUUUAUCCAACAAAAACCCAUACUACGCAAAAGGCGCUAACUUUAGAGGUGUUGGAGGCCCUCAUGUAACCCCAUGGAACCCUUGGUGAAUUUAAUAUUUCGUUCUCUCGGAGUUAUAAUGACCACAGGCGUUUCUAGGCCGAUGUCGCUGAUUUCAACGAUUUACGGAACAGAUGAUGAUGAUGAGAUCCUUCAGUCAUUAUAUCUAAUCGUCAAUAACACUGCUGGAUUGGGACUUAUCCACGAAUCUCAAUCAAUCUACGAUGCCACUCAGUACACACGGCCAUGGUUCGCGUGGGCCAACAGCUACUUUGCCGAAAUGAUAUUGGAUCUUGCUCAAAGGAAGCCGUCGCUGAUUUUGAAGGAUGGGAAAAGUUACACUCCGGCAUAAGUUUCGCUCCAGAGAAAUACCUUUUUAGUGAGCUUUCAUAACAAAACCGCGCCGUCAAUACUGUAGUACAAAAUUUAUGUAUGAAGAGGUGGCCAAAUAUCAAACGAGUACCAGUAAGAGACAUUUUCGGAGCCACG